GAAAUCUCGUGAUGAGUGGUGGUGAAAACGGUUUCUUUUUCUAUAAGAUCAGCUGUUGAACUCUGACCGUUGUGGGGUUGGUCGUCAGGGGGCUGCGUGGGGCUGCUCGGGCUGGGAUUCGGGGUUCUUGCUUGGGAUUUGAGCUUCUUCCUUUGGAUUUGGGGUUCCUGCUUGAGAUCUGGUGUUUUUUCGUGGGAUUUGAGGUUCUUGUUUAGGACUUGGAGUUGUUGCUUGGGAUUUGGGCUUCUUUUGUGAGAUUUGGAGUUGUUGCUUGGGAUUUGGGGUUCUUUUGUGGGAUUUGGGGUUCUUUCCUGGGAUUUAGGGUUCUUGCUUGGGAUCUGAGGCUCUUCCUUGGGGCUUGGAGUUGUCGCCUGGGAUUUGGAGUUCUUCCUUUGAAUUUGAGGUUCUUUUCUGGGAUUUGAUGUUCUUACUUGGGAUUUGCUCAGGGUUUGGGCCACCUCCACGACUGCCCUUUGCUGUGUGAGCCGAUGGGGUGGCAGCACACCGGCCUGCCAAAGCACUGCUGGGCUCUGCCCUCUGCUUCACAGCAAAGCCACAGCGACGCUCCCACGUCGGGGGAAGGUUUCCUCUCCGAGCUCUGUGGCUCUUAGCAGCAUUUUGUGGCAGUGGCUGCUGCUGGAGCUGCCCGUGGGUCUGGAGGCAGAUGAGUGGGGAUGGAGCUGAGCUGAGGGGCAGCUGUGCUGCUUUGCUCCCAUGCCUCCGGACACAGCGGGGGAAAAUCCGGACGCUUUGUGGGGUUUCUGUUCUGCCAGGAGUGGGGCAGUGCUGGAGCGUUCCCCUCGCCCUGGUGCGGCAUCUGCAAACUGCACCGCGAGCUCCAAAGUGCCCUCGGUGUGACUGACACUGCUGUGUGACCCACAGGUGACAUGUGAGCACGGGUGGGAGCAGCAGCUGAGAUGCAUUCGAGCCACGCCGAUGACCCCAAGGAAGUCAUCCAGCUGAUCAAGAAGCAGCUGGUGAGCUCCAUCAAGGCCCUGCAGAAGCAGUACGUCUCCUCGGAUGCCGUGGUGACCAGCGAUGAUGGGAAUGCCAACACCCUGUGCAGCGCCCUGGAGGCCAUCUUUGUGCACGGGCUGAAGGCGAAGCACAUCAGGACAGAGACAGGGGGCAAAGGGAGGAAAGCAGGCGGCCGGCUGCCGCUCCCCCAGCCCGUCUUCUGGGCCCUGCUGAAGAGCAUCACACACCGGAACAUCAUCUCAGAGCUGGAACAACUCAUUUUCAUCACCACGGACGUGGGCCGCUGCCGGGCCUGGCUGAGGCUGGCUCUGAACGAUGGACUGGUGGAGUGCUACCUGAAGCUGCUGCUGCGCGAGCGCUCCCGCCUGCCCGAGUUCUACCAACCCGCAGCGCUGCUCCUGGAUGCCGAGGAGUGCGAGUUCCUCCUGAGCUUCCUGCAGGGCUUGUCGUCCCUCACCUUCCAGCUGUCCUACAAGUCGGCAGUGCUCAACGAGUGGACCGUCACCCCGCUGUCCCUCUCGGGGCUGUGCCCUGUAUCCGAGCUGCUGGAGCCCCCGACGGAUGAACCUCAGAGAAAAGCAUCUCUGGGCUCCAUCUCCCAAUCUUCGGGCUCCGAUGAGAUCGAAAUCCAACCCUCAGCGCUGCCCAUCGGCAAAGCGGGCGACAAACCCAAGCGGACGUCGUCCUCACUGAGCCUGAACACCACGGGUUCAUCGCAGCUGUCCUCCAGCCUGGGCUCCGACAGCGUGCAGCCCCACUGCGCCCGCAGCCCCGAGCGCGGCGACGAGCCGCUGUCCUGCGACUCCGACCUGGGCACGGCCACGGCCGAGGACCUGGACAGGUCGCUGCAAGAGGUGCUCUCCGAGUUCAGGAAAGCCGAGCCGAGCUUUGGUGCCCCAUCGGAGCGGCUGAUCCCAGCCGUGCUGGGCUGCUCCCCACCACCCCCCGAGGACACCCACCCACCGCCUUCCCCACCACCAGCUGAGGCCUGCACUGCUCCCCAGGAGGAGGACAGCAUCCCGGCCCCACAGCACGUGGAUGGGGGGAAGGAAGGCCGCGUGGUGCGCAGCCCUGCUGCCAAACUCCUCUGCUCCCCGCUGCCGGGCUGCCCGAAUAGGAAGAGCUGGAUUUCAGAAGACGAUUUCUACAGACCUUCAGCAGGAGAGAGCGAUGAAAUCCCAGCUGAUGCCAACGGCUUUGUGCCAGAUGGGGCCGGGGAGGGCCUGACCUCAGGGCUGCUCAGUGCUUUGGAUUUGGAAAGGCCGUCCCCGCCAUCCUCGCAGGGCCCCAGGCUGUCCCCCGAGCGAGAGCAGAAGGGUUUCAGCGUUGUGCAUCGCCGCCAGAUGGGUCUCUCCAACCCUUUUCGGGGACUGCUGAAGCUGGGCAGCCUGGAGCGGCGCGGAGCCAUGGGCAUCUGGAAGGAGUUCUCCUGCGAGCUGUCGCCGCUGGAGCUGCGGCUCUUCCUGGACCACGAGGACCGCAUCUGCGUGGAGAGCUUUUCCCUGCUGCGCUGCGAGUCGCUGGCGCUGACGCAUUCGGAUGGACGCUUCGAGCUGGUGUUCCUGGGGAAAAAGCUCUGCUUGAGGGCUCCUUCCCGGGAUGAGGCUGAGGACUGGCUGGAUCGGAUCCGCGAGGCGCUGCGCAAGUGCCGCCCGCAGCUGGAGGAGGAGGAGUGGGAGACGCUGGAGUACCCCGAGGACGGGGGGGAUGGCUGCGAGCCCUGUGCUCCGCUCCAGUAUGAAGCACCUGGGAACGGCUUGGACUGGACUUUAUCCCACAAACCAGAGCUGGAUGCCAUCAAAGAGUCCGUCCUGUAUGCGGACGUAGAUAAGACGUGGGUCCCUUUUAUAUUUUCCCUCUCAUUGGAAACCUUAAAGUGCUUUAAAGUGCGGAACAACGACAAAAUCUUAAGCAACAGUUACGGCAUAGAGACGAUCCAGGACAUCCUCCCCGACACCAGCCUGGGGGGACCCUCCUUCUUCAAGGUGAUCACCUCCAAGGCUGUGCUGAAACUGCAGGCUGAGAGCGCGCAGGAGGCCGCGGCAUGGAGGGAGCUGGUGCGAGCGGUGCUGGGCUCCUACCUGGAGGCAGCCGAGGAGGCACUGACCCUGGGGGGCAGCUUGGACGGCCAUUCCCAGGUGCUGCUGAAGAGCAUGGUGAAGGAGAACGGCUUCUUGUUGCAGUACCUGGUGGCCAUCCCCAUGGAGAAGGGGUUGGACUCGCAGAGCUUCAUCUGCGCAGGCUGCUCCAGGCAGAUCGGCUUCUCCUUCGCCAAACCCAAACUCUGUGCCUACUCCGGGCUCUACUACUGCGACAGCUGCCACCGGGACGACGAGGUGGUCAUCCCCUCACGCCUCAUCCACAACUGGGACCUGAGCAAGAGGGGGGUUUGCCGUCAGGCGCUGAAGUUCCUCACCCAGAUCCGUAAGCAGCCGCUGAUUGAUCUCAAGUUGGUCAACGAGAGCCUCUACGACCACGUGGAGAGGAUGAGGCGCAUCCGUCGGAGCCGGGAGCAGCUGAAGCUGUUGGGGGAUUACCUGAGCGUGUGCCGCAGCGGGGCCCUGAAGGAGCUGAGCAAACGCCUCGAUCACAGGAAUUACCUCCUGGAGUGCCCCCACAAGUACAGCGUGGCCGACCUGCAGCAGGUGAGCACCCCGAGGAGGGGCUGCAUCGAACGGGGCCCCCCUCCAACAGAUUUCACACCGCUCCGUCCCUCUUCACUUUGCUUCCUGCCAUCACCACAGCCUGGGGGCUAAAAUCAUGGGGGUGG